AUGAGUGGCCCUCCGCCACCGCCGCCCCAUGGCCACGCCCCCAGGUCCUCGGGCCUGCCGCCUGGCAAGUACGACAUCUUCGUCAUACCCGAGCACUCGGCCGGCUCCGGCUUCCUCUACCUGCCCUCCCUGCGGCCCAGCCCAAACAGCUUCGCCGCCGGCUUCGCUUCCGCUCUCAUCCUCGUCGCCCUCUUCCAGAGCAUGGCCCCCGCCUUCAUGGUCUGGUGGGAGAGCUUCCAGGGCCUCGGCAACAUGGGCAUAACACUCCUCAUUGCCGGCGUCGGCUUCGGCGCCUGGGCUCUCGGUCGUGCUCAAAAGGACCCCCCGCCUUCGGGCCAUGGGUCCGGCGCCCAACAUCGAGGCGGCGGCCAAGCCGGCGGAGGAUUCAACGCAUCCACUUCGGCGCCACCUCCAAACCCCGGGAGCCCGCCGCCUCCGCCGCACGGCAGCAACACGGCUCCUCCACCACCCCCUCCCCCUCCUCCCCCGCCGCCUCCCGGGCCCGAAGACGCCGCUUCUCCGCCGCCGGGGCAAGAGAAGCCCAAGUCUUCGUGGCAACGGCCGCCGCCGCAGCCCGGGACCUCCAAACCCGAGACGCCAAAGGGCGCCUGGGAAAGGGCCCGCGAGGAAAUGAGGAAGAAGGAGGAAGAGCGCAAGGCAAAGGAGGCGGAGCAGAAGCGGCGCGAUGAAGCGGCCAAGAGACUGGCAGAACUGCGCGCCAGGGAGGCAAAGGAAAGGCAAGAACGAGAAAAGGAAAAGGAGCGCAAGGAAAAGGAAGCUCGGGAUAAGAAGGCCAAGGAAGCAGCCGAAGAACAAAAAAAGAAGCUGGCCGAAGAGCAAAAGAAGAAGCUUGCCGACGAGCAAAGGCGAAAGCAAGUCGCAGAGAGGGUGGAGAAACAGCGCCAGGAAAGAGAGGCAAGGGAGCGCGAGGAGCAGAAGAAAAAGGAGGCGGCCGCGGCCGCGGCUUCCGAGACAGCGUCGUCGUCAACGGCAAAACCACCAGCGACACCUCGCGCCGGGAGCUCAUACGCCUACUCAAGCGUCGGCGAAAAGACCAACAUGUGGCCCCACGGCCGGCCUAACGUGCCGUCGCAGGCCGGCAGCUCUGCCUCGAAGAAUUCCCCGAGCUCCGAGAAGCGACCGCCUGCACCGACGGCCAAGACGUACGUCAGCAACGACGAGGACGCGUACUCGUAUCGGCCAUACGAUCAACCAGGCAAAAGGUCCGGGCGAAGGCCGUCGGCGUCGUCAGUCGGGGGGUCCGAAUCCUCGUGGGCUCCCUCGCACACGACGGCUCGGACGUCGGCGCCGCCAUCUGUCCGGGGGCCAUACACCACAAAGGACCCCGACAAGAUUGUCGUUCAGGCCGUGUACCUCUUCAUGAACCAAUUCGCCAAGACGCCGGCCAGCCAGCUCAUCUCGGGAGUCGGGUCCGUUACCGACGGCCUGAUCCUGCGCAUUACGACCGAAGGCCUCUUCAUCGAUGACGACGUGCGCGGCGUGCCCCAGCGGGAAUGGGACGUCAAGGCCUGGACCCUCAAGCACGUCGAGGCGUGGUGCCCGCCACAUUGCCUCAACUCGGCCGCGGCUCCUUCCACCAACGCGAGCGCAAAGAGCCCGCCGCACUUGUUGUACAAGAUGGCCACGGCACGCCGCAACGCCGAAAAGGACAAGAUGCUGACGGGCGACGACGCCGACACCUACCUGACGGAGAUGCUGCGCGCCUGUAAGGAAUGCUGCCGGCUUGGGAUGUGUGAUCGCAAGUUCAAGGACACCAACAUCCAGUCCCCGUCAGGCCAGGCCGGAGAGUGGAAGGACAAGGGCCUGCACGUCCUCCGCGCCACGAUCCGCGACCAGGAGGGGAAACGCUAUCUCUUCUUGCUGGACGAGACGGAGGGCUGGAAGGUUGCGGUCGGGUUGCAGCGCUUGCGGCGAGGCACGCAGGUGCGGCAGCUGGGGGUGAGCGGCAUGGCGCCUUCGGAAGCUCGGGGGACGCUGGAGACGCUGGGGUGGAUCGGAUGA